CAGUGUGUUGCUGCGUCUUACUUACGUUGCUCUCUGGAACCGAGGUCCAGAGAUAGAAGAUGACUUCGUACGGCAAGGCGUCUUUGCUCUUACUCGCAGCUUUAACCAUCUUCGCACCGGUUCUAGGAACAAUUGUCGAAUUACCUACCCAUUACAACCGGGCAUCACCAUGGAAGGACUUAGCUAAGCUCGGAAUUGGAAAUCUCACGGAAACGGAUUGUCUUCGACCAUGCAUUGCAGGGGAACCACAGCGAGUCUGCCUUUACACAUUUGUUCUAGAAUACUACGCGGCAAUGGGAACAGCCUGCGGGAAUUGUUCCGAUGGUGUUCUGGAGGACUGUUACCUACCCCAGUGCAUCACAGCCGAUGGUGUUGAAAAAGGAGUGAUGGCCAUCAACCGCCAAAUACCCGGGCCUCCGAUUAACGUCUGUAAAAAUGAUCUAAUCGUAGUCAACGUGGAGAACAAAAUGUCCGGUACGGGAUCGACAAUGCAUUGGCACGGGAUUCUGCACAGGCACAGUCAGUGGAUGGACGGAGUUCCCUAUCUGACUCAGUGUCCGAUCGGAGGAUCGAGUUUUAGAUACGCAUUCCCAGCCGAUGACGUUGGCACGUACUUCUACCACUCUCACACUGGGCUGCACAGAACCAACGGGCAAUACGGUGUGCUGACUAUCCGUGAACCACGUUCCGAGGAACCCUGGCCGAAAGAUCUCUACGAGUUUGACCUACCGGUGCAUACGAUAUUUCUUGCCGAUUGGAUGCAUGAAACCGCGGAGAUGUUCUUCCCCGGUCUGCCCAACCGAGAGCCAGGAAUUGCACCAACUACCAUAUUGGUUAACGGUUUUGGAUGGUACCUCAAUGGAACUACGAGCGAAGAUUCUGUCAACUCGUCCUUUCCUUUGGCAACUUUUCACGUCAACAGGAAUUCAAGUUACAGGUUCCGGGUUAUCAACGGUGCAAGCCAAAUCUGUGGAUUCCAAUUCCAAAUACAGGACCAUAAUUUAACCCUCAUCGCCACUGACGGAUCCCCGAUCAAGCCAAUCACCGUCGAUGCCUUUGUCAGCUAUCCUGGUGAAAGAUAUGAUUUUGUGAUCAACACGAAUAACGUUUCGCUUGAUAGCGAUGCGUUCUGGAUUUAUAUCACCGGCCUAGGAGCAUGCGAGAACAUGGAAAUCGAUCAGUACGCCGUCCUGUCCUACGGCACAAAUGGCACAGAUUUAGGGAUUAUUCCAACCGUAACUCGACCAACGGUAACCGACCCUCUAAACUUCACGAGGGUCUUAAAUUAUCCGAGCACAACAUGUGGCGAAAGUCCGGAGUAUCUUUGCGUCACUGAUCUACGGCUGGUCGGAUACGAGAAGGACAAAGAUACCAAAAAAGUCUUGACGGCGAAACCAGACGUUCAGCUGGUCGUCCCAUUUAAUUUCCAUUAUUUUGAUGUUGACACCUUUCACCAAGAGGGAAAUUAUCUAGCAUAUGAGAACCUCGACGGAACCUCCAUUCGAGCGGGCAUGAUGAGCAACAUAUCCUUCACGUUUCCUUCCAGCCCAAUAAUUUUUAAGCAGAGACCUGAUAAAACACUCUGUAACGCGGACAAUUUACCAACUGAAUGCCUCAAGAACGAAAACAGCACGGAUGGUACUUAUUGCCAGUGUACCAACGUCGUGGUUUUGCGACAAAACGACAUCGUCGAACUGACUUUGGUUGACGCAGCAGACGAGUCUGGAAUCGAUCAUCCGUUCCAUUUGCACGGUUACGGCUUCUACGUGGUACGCAUGGGCUCAAACUAUACAAGUGAAGAGAUAACACCCGUGAAUCAGGGCAGCUUUUAUGCUCCUCCAAUGAAGGACACGGUCAGUGUACCCUCCGGAGGAUUCGUUACCGUUCGAUUUAGAGCCGAUAAUCCUGGAAUUUGGUUGAUACACUGUCAUUUCGAGUGGCACCUGGCCACUGGCAUGGGAAUGGCUUUCUGGGUCGAAGGAGAUCUUCCAGCUCCACCCCCAGGCUUCCCGACCUGUGGCGAUUUCGAUCCGUUGAGUUGAGCUGAUGUUAAUCAAGUCAUUGUAUGACGAGUGGAAGCAACUCUGCAAUGUCUAAUUCCAACCAUCAAUAUUUGACAUAUACCAUAUGAAUUUUAGAAUAAGAUACCUUUUUGUAAUUUGUUCCAAUAGAUUUGCACUUUGUAAACCUUAA